UCUAGCCAAUGAGAAAAAAGAUUCGUCCCUAGGCCGCACUUACAGGUCGAAACGGGGUGGAGUUGGGAAGUGAUUUUCUCAGCAAGAUGGCGGCGAGCGGACUCCGCCAGGCUGCUGUUGCGGCUAGCACCUCGGUGAAGCCCAUUUUCAGUCGGGACAUGAACGAGGCCAAGCGGAGGGUGCGCGAGCUCUACCGAGCCUGGUAUCGGGAAGUGCCGAACACUGUGCAUCUAUUCCAGCUAGACAUCUCUGUGAAACAGGGACGUGAUAAAGUCCGGGAAAUGUUUAAGAAGAAUGCGCACGUCACAGACCCCAGGGUGGUUGAUCUUCUGGUAAUUAAGGGAAAGAUGGAGCUGGAAGAAACUAUUAAAGUGUGGAAGCAGCGGACACAUGUUAUGCGAUUUUUCCAUGAAACAGAAGCACCAAGGCCAAAGGAUUUCCUGUCCAAGUUCUAUGUUGGGCACGACCCGUGAAAUCACUCAAUGGAAAAGGUGCAUGUUGAUAUUUAAAUAUUUUAAAGCAAAAAUAAACUCAACAUAUGACGGUCA